AUGAAGUACUUUCUUGUGUUGGCUUUGAUUACAUUCUCAUAUGCUACAACUUUGACAGAAAUAUCAGAAAAACUUUCUUAAUAUGGAGAUCAUCCUUUUGGAAAGUCAAUGGUCAAUUUGGUUGCAGUUAACAUGAAAACAGGUGGUUCCCUCAACGAAUUGAAAUAAAUCCUAUAAUAAAUUAAGGAUGAACUCAUUGCUCUUACUUAAUUGCAAGAUUCAGAAAAUGCUAUAUUCAAUCGUAAAAGCCAGGUUGAUUUGGCUAAAUUAUAGGCUACACUUGAAUAAGCAUAAGCAGAUUUAGACAAUCAAAGAUAGGAGUAAUCAAGUUUAAACAAUGAAUUAUCUACUCUAUAAACAAGAGUGAAAGAGGGUAAUCAGAUUGAUUUUAUUUUUUGCAGAUUAAGCUGCUUUAGAUAGAAACAGUAGAGGAAGUGGGGAUGCUCAAUCUAGACUUGAUGCUGAAAAUGCUGAUUUUGCUACUAAAUACUCUGAUUAUAAUGAUGCCAUUUUAGCAUGUAAAGAAGCAUAAAGAUUAUUAUUGAACUUGAGAGGUGAAGGAGCAUCUUUAAUUUAACUUACGUACUUCUUUGAUAAUUACCAAUUUAGUUAGGAUACAAAGAGCAACCUCAUCUAAACUAAAGAAAACUUUUAAAAAAUAAAGGAGAUAUUGGAGGCUCAUACCAAAAAGAGUUCCUUAACCUUAUUCCAACCAAUCAUUGAAGGACUAGCUGAAAUGACCACAAAGGUUAAUCCAGAAACUUUGAACAAUGUUCUAAGUUUAGUAGCUCGUUUGAUUACAGCUCUCUAAGAAGGUUAAGAUUAAUUAGAGUCUAAUCACAAAACUUAAGUAAAUGUUCAAUUCAUAAUAAAAGGUUGAUAAUUUGACAAGAUUGGGUGAUGAUUUGAGAAACGAGAAAUAAACCUUAUAGGUUUCUUUAGCCACUGCUAACAAUAGACUUAAAGAAAUCUAAUCAAGAUUAAAUGAAUUAGAUGGUUUGAUCAAUAUUUCAAAUGCUUUAGUUGAGGUUACACAAUUAAACAUUUAAGAUGCUACUAAAGUCAAUGAAUUAGAAGAUUCAGAAUACAGUAAUUAAAAGGUCAGCAGGUAUGGUAUUUGAUUAUUUUUUUAUAGAUAAACUGAAAUCGAUAUAGUUGAUAGACUUAUUGAAUACAUCAAUUAAAAAUUAUCAGAAUGA